AUGUCCGGUGUUCCUGUCAACCCUGCCUGUGUGACUGAAUGGACCGCUUUGAAGUUGAAGAAAAAGGACAUUAACUACAUCAUUUACAAGGUCGAGAAGGAACGCGAGAUUGUUAUUGAAGAGGCAGGCAAGGUCGCCUAUGAUGAUUUCAAGGCCAAAUUCGAUACUAGUACCUGCCGUUACGCCGUGGUGGAAGCGCCCACCAACCGCAAGCUCGUCUUCAUCAUGUGGACUCCGGGCAGCGCACCUGUGAAGGAAAGAAUGAUCUACGCAAGUUCCAGACAAGGACUCCUCGACAAGCUCGGCGGCGUCUCCAAGUCCAUCCAAGCCACCGGCCACUCUGAAAUCGCCAAGGAGGCGCUCGUCUAA